CCUGCCCCCCUGCCACCCCAUCUGCGAGCCGCGGCAUGGGCCUCCGGCUGGGCCUUCUGGCGGCAGCUUCUGCCUGGCGCUCCGAGUGUGAGAUCGAGGGUCUGGAUGUGCAGGUGGCCAUCCAUGGCUUGGGCAGUCCCCCGGACCCGGAGCGCCGGGUCUGCCGCGUGGUGUGGCUGGACCACAAGGACCUGGCCGGCGCAAACCCCGGAGAGCUCGCAGGGGAGGUGGACUAUGUCUUCACCGACUCCCGCUCCUUCGUGCCCUUCCGGAGCCGACAGGGCCCGGUGCUCUUCUUGGAGAACAUCUCCGAGUUCCGAGUGCCCGACGAUUUGGACGGCACCAUGGCCGGCAAGACCGAGCUGCUGUCCGUGCUGAUGCCCUCCCCUCAAAGGUGGGAUGACUUGGCCACCGAGAUCCACCGGCAGGCCAUGGAGCUGAUGCCGGAGCACGUCUACACCGACGACGGCGACGAGGACACGCGGAGGCGCGCCUUCGAGCGGUACCGCUUCUGCUUGAUUCCGGAAGAUGACUCCACACGACACUCGGUGUCGCCAUUGUUCAUCCGCAGCUUGUAUCACACCAUUGCAGUCUUCAACGGCUUCGUGGAAGUUGGGGCCAUGGUGUUCAACGCCAUCGCCGAUUUCGACUCCAACGACUUCAGCCUCACAGAGACGAUGGACACCCUGAAGCGGCACAACCGACACAUUGGCGCGCUGUGGCACUACCAGCGUAUCAUCCAGGAUCAGGUGCUCUACAGAUACAACCGGCCCUUUGAGGAGAAGCUCUACAGCCAGGCCUGUUCCAUGUGCAGGCUUCUGGCAGAUGAACCUUCUCCGCUGGUCUUCGUGGGCAUCUACUCCGCCCGGAGAAACUUCGAGAAGCGGCAGGCGGUCAGGGACACAUGGGGCCGGGUGCUGUCCUCCUGGAACUUCCGGUACCGCUUCUUCCUGGGCGAGGCCAGCAGCGGCGCUUCCAGCGAGGAGCGCCGCAUGCGCCGGGAGAUGGAGGAGCACAACGACCUCGUCUUCCUGCCGGUGACGGAGGGCUACCGGAUGAACAGCCGCAAGGGUCUGCUCUUUCUGGAGUGGAUCGCCCAGCGCGCGGAAGCGGAGUUCCUGCUGAAGACCGACGACGACGCCGCUUCGGUCUUCGGCUGGCUGGUUUCGGUGUACCUGCGUCUGGAGCCGGUCUUCAGGCAGUUGCAGCACAGGGUUCCCGCGCAGUACGCCUGGGCGAUCUUCGACUACAUCAGCCCGGUGCCACGGGAGCCGGAUGACAACUUCUACAACCCGGAGGAGGACUUCCCGUUCCCUGUGUUCCCGCCUUACCCGCGGGGCGUGGUACGGGUGCUGUCCAUGGAUGUGGUGCGUCUCCUGGCCAAAGCAAGCCAGGAGGGGAAGCUGCGGAUGAUCUUCGGCGACGACCCCUGCAUCGGCGUCCACCUCCGCCAGCUGCUCUUCGACCCACACGAGCCGCUGCCCUCGCUGACGCUGGAUGACUUCGACAACCGCGUCUUCGCCAUGGAGCCCAGUUGCCACCACAACCUCUGGUCCAAGAUGACGAACCGCACUUGGGCCAUCCACCACGUGUCGCCGGAUCAGAUCCGGUGCAUGUGGCAGGCCGACCUGGCCGCCGGCUACAUUCAGGAGACGGACAGCGGCCUGCGGGUGGAGGAGCGGAACCUCGACGAGUUCCCGGACCUCUGCGGCUGCGCCACGGACGAGAGCUUCCUGGACAGGAGCGACCUGGACAAGCUGCAGCGGGAGACCGAGCGCGUCCUGGAGGACUGAUCGGAUUGCUAUGCGGUGCUCGCGAGCGGAGAG